UUGGCUAACCUCUCUAAUCCCAACAUCUUGCAGGAUUUCUCUGACCAGAGAGAGAUGCCCAAACAGCCGGCCAACAACGCUUCCGCCGGAUACAACCCGUCACAGCAGCCCGACGGAGCUGGGGGGCUUCCGACGGCGCACGACCCGGAGAACGUCUCCCGCCAACCGGCCCCUUGUCACGAGAGCAAAACUUUUUGUCCCGCGGAAAAUAAACCGGGAGACCCGGAGACUAAUAAAGUCUAUGGGACGUUUAAAAGCGCCGCACCGGCGGUGCCUGGAUCCGUAGCCGCAAACUCGACCUUCCGAAAGGAUUCCGCCGGUUCGGGCCGAGGAGGGAUGUCUGCUCAGUAUGGAGACCCGCUAAGGGCUAACGCGGAGCAAAACAAUGCUUCUGGCAACUGGACGGCCAUGAGCCAAACCACCAUCGUACUGGGCACAGAUGGCAACACGUCUGUUCAGUCCAGCGCCGUGGCGGGGGCAGACGAUGAUGACGAGGGGGGAGAUGAGAAUAAAGCCAGAGGAAACUGGUCAAAUAAACUGGAUUUUAUUCUGUCGAUGGUGGGGUACGCCGUGGGACUGGGGAACGUGUGGAGGUUCCCCUAUCUUGCCUUUCAAAAUGGUGGAGGGGCUUUUUUGAUCCCUUACUUGACAAUGCUGGGCAUUGCCGGCAUCCCUAUCUUCCUGAUGGAGGUUUCCCUCGGCCAGUUUGCCAGCCAGGGCCCCGUGUCAGUGUGGAAAGCCAUCCCGGCCCUGCAAGGUUGCGGGAUUGCCAUGUUGAUAAUAUCUGUCUUGAUAGCCAUAUACUAUAAUAUUAUAAUGUGCUGGACACUGUACUACCUGUUCGCUUCGUUGAAGGGCUCACUGCCAUGGGCUAACUGUAGGAAUGAGUGGAACACGGUGGAAUGUAAGGACAAAGACAUGCUCCUCUUAGACACGUGUAUCCUCCGAGACAGAAACACCACCUCCAUCAAGAACUCCACCUUCUGUCUGUCCGCUAAUGCCGUUGGAAACUUGUCCAAGCUGCUAAAUAUGACCGUGGAUGGUAACAAGACGUACGUCAGUCCCAGUGAGGAAUACUUCAAAUACAAUGUGCUGCACAUCUCUAAAGGGAUAGAGUACCCUGGAGAUAUUCGUUGGCCGUUAGCAGGCUGUCUCUUCCUGGCCUGGGUAAUCGUUUAUGCCUCCUUGGCAAAAGGAAUCAAAUCAUCAGGAAAGGUUGUGUAUUUCACUGCCACGUUUCCCUACGUGGUCCUGGUCAUCCUGCUGGUCAGAGGGGUGACCCUCCCCGGGGCUGGAGAUGGCAUCCUCUACUUUAUCACACCCAAGUGGGAGAAGCUAAAUGAUGCUAAGGUGUGGAAGGAUGCAGCCACUCAGAUCUUCUUCUCUCUGUCAGCUGCAUGGGGAGGCCUCAUCACUCUCUCCUCCUACAAUAAAUUCCACAACAACUGCUACAGGGAUACUGUUAUAGUGACGUGUACAAACAGCGCCACCAGUAUAUUUGCGGGGUUUGUCAUCUUCUCUGUAAUUGGUUUCAUGGCGCAUGAAUUAAAGGUUCCUAUAGAGAAGGUGGCCGAUGAAGGUCCAGGCAUAGCGUUUGUGGUGUAUCCAGAGGCACUGACCAGACUACCCUUGUCACCUUUCUGGGCCAUUAUCUUUUUCCUCAUGCUAUUGACCCUUGGACUUGAUACCAUGUUUGCAACUAUUGAGACAAUAGUGACCUCAGUGUCAGAUGAGUUUCCCAAGUACCUGAGGAAGCACAAACCGCUCUUCACACUGGUCUGUUGUGCAUCCUUCUUCAUCCUGGGAUUUCCCAUGAUCACAGAGAGUGGCAUGUACAUGCUGCAGUUGGUAGACACAUUUGCAGCCUCUUAUUCCCUGGUGAUCAUUGCCAUCUUUGAGCUGGUUGGAGUCUCCUAUCUCUACGGUCUGCAGAGAUUUUGUGAGGACAUUGAGAUGAUGAUUGGUUUCCAGCCAAACCGCUUCUGGAGACUGUGUUGGGCCUUUGUGACUCCCACCAUCCUGACUGGCAUACUGGGGCUGAGUCUUUACCAGUGGAAGGUGAUGACAUAUGAGGACUACACCUACCCCACCUGGUCUAUGGUAAUGGGCUGGCUUAUGGUCAUCUGCUCUGUCAUUUGGAUCCCCAUCAUGUUCAUUAUUAAGAUGCACCUGGCCCCUGGUACCCUGAUUGAGCGUCUGAAGCUGGUGUGCUCCCCUCAGCCAGACUGGGGUCCCUUCCUGAUGAAGCACCGCGGAGAGCGCUACAGAAACAUGAUUGACCCCCUGGGCACCAACUCCCUGGGCCUCAAACUGCCACCCAAAGACUUCCAGCUGGGCACCUACCAGUAA